GCCCCGUCGUACAUCCAGGUAUACCCAGCACAGGCCAAACCUACUUUGGAUGUCACUCUUUCGGAGUACCUCUCCGGCUUUCCCGUCUCCGAUCAUCGGCGGGCUGUCAUCCAUCCAGCUGUGAGCGGAGGGGAUGCCUCCGCAAUUGACCUCCGGCCGAGGUACCUACCUCCGAGACUCUUUCCAUGCGUUGAACAAAUGAAUCCGCAAUAGAUACGAGAUGCCUCACAAGCAGGAUAGCGAGAUUGUCAUUCAUCCUUUACACCGCACCUUCGCCGCCGAGCUCCAUGGCGUAGACUUUAGUGACGAACUUGACUCCGAUGUCUUCGAUACGAUAUAUCAGGCAAUCACCAAAUACGGCGUGGUCGUCUUCAGGAAGGCCGGCUUAGACGACGCCAGACAUGUCGCCUUUGCCCGAAGAUUCGGCGAACUCGACGAUGUCUCGCCCUAUACAAAGCUUGGCAAGAAGCAUCGACUCGACUUCGAGGAAUUGUUUGAUGUCAGCAACCUCCUUGAAGACGGAUCUGUUGCCCCCGUGGAUAGCCAUCGCUCUGCCAUGAACAAAGGCAAUUCUUUAUUCCACGUUGACAGCUCCUUCAAUCCUAGGCGGGCAGGCUACAGUUUGUUGAGAGCACACGAACUUCCCCCAAAAGGCACAGGAGGCAACACCGAAUUCGCCGAUGCGCGGACUGCUUACGACGAGCUUCCGGAAGAUCUCAAAAAAGAACUCCUGGAGAAGGACUACGUCGUUUGCCACUCGCUCUACCACUCCCGGAAACUCGCUUCGCCGGGAUCACUUUCCGACAUCAACCCAGAGGAUCAUUUCAUGUCCCGCCACAGGUUGAUCCAGCCUCAUGAGCCGUCGGGGCGGAUGAAUCUCUACAUCGCCUCUCACGCUCAUCACAUCGAGGGUGUCUCUCCCGAAAAGUCCCAGGAGAUCCUCAGCACGGUGUACAAGCACGCCUGCCAACCCAAGUACGUCGUGAGCAUUGACUGGCAGAACGACGGGGACCUGAUCCUAUGGGACAACACGUGCGUCAUGCAUCGUGCUGCAGGUGGCAGCUUUGAAGGCAAAUACAAGAGGGAUAUGAGGCGUGCUACAGUGCAUGACGGUAGUAGUCAUGCAUGGGGUCUGAACGAAAAGGGCUCGGAGACGAGAAUGGGGUCAGUGCAUGCGACCGAUAUCAGAUUGAGAUCGUGAAAGUGUACUUGCUGAUACUCGCAUCUUGUGCGUUCCAGAUAUCCGUGACGAUUCAAUGCUUUCACAUGCGCUCAACUAUACACCGCUAGCAAGGCUGAGCAGGUGAUCACGAGAUCACGAAA